AAUAUACCGUCUCUAUGGCUGAGGAAGCAAUAUUUGAAUUCUUACAUUCGGAAAUAGUAAACUAUACAUUAACGAAAGAAAACAGUAAGGAAAAUGAUCUUUCUACGCUAGAAUACAUCGGCUUCACAACUGGGUACAGAAUAAUCGAACGAUUAACGCGCGAAUGGCCUCGAUUCAAGGAUGAGCUGGAUACGAUGAAGUUCAUAUGUACCGACUUUUGGAGCUCAAUCUACCGCAAACAGAUCGACAAUUUACGUACCAACCAUCAGGGGGUGUACGUGCUACAGGACAACGCGUUUCGCUUUCUCACACGUCUCUCGUCCGGCUCACAGUAUCUAGAGCAUGCUCCAAAGUUCGUUGCGUUCACCUGCGGAUUAGUGCGGGGUGGGUUGGCAAACCUUGGCAUUACCAGCACGGUUACGGCAGAAGUGCAGACCAUGCCUUCGUGUAAAUUUCACAUACAGGUUAAUCGAGCAUAA